CAGUGUUAACAUUGAAAUCAAUUCUCGGCAAGUAAACAAUGGCCGAAACGUUUCCAGUGUUCAAGUUGGGUAUAUUAGUGAUCAAACAAUUAAGCAGACCGAUUGCUAAUGUGAUCAAGGACAAAGCCAAGGAAAAUCAAUACUUUCGUCAAUACGUGGCUAUGCCUCCUGCAUAUUUUUACAAUUGGGUGAAUGUUAAGGUUCGUAUGUGGUCCCUUAAUCUGGGAAAACCUACAAAUAUACCGCAACUGAACGAGACAAUGGCUAUAGAACUUGGUUCAACGCUUCUAGGGGAGAUAAUACUCUUCGCAGUACCUGCAACAAUCCUAGUUUUUGAAUAUAUAAGACAAUCUCGGAAGGAGGCAAGAAAACAGGAGGAGAUUCUAAUCGAAAAAUUGGAACUUGUCAAUACAAUAAACAAUUUAGAGAUUCAUGUGGAGCGACAAGACGUGCAGUUAAAGAGAAUAAAGAAAACACUUGAGGAUUUAGCGCCCAAACGAUGGUCUCAUAACAAUACAAUGAACGAUCAGUUCGACGGUUCUCCACUGCAUUUGAAAAGAUUACCUUUGCCUGAACAUUAAAUUUAUUGUCAAAUGAUAUCAAUAAGAAUUUGAAGACUACGCUAAUGUUAUUACCAUUAAAAUGACAUAUU